AGGUGUUUGUUUAGACAGUGGCUGUGUAGAGAAGACUAUGUUCAACUUUUAAAAAGUUGAUUACAAACAUUGUACAUUUCAUGAUGCAAUUCUUAUCUUUUCUUACUCCCUUUCUUAUAGAGUCGUCGAAGUACAUCAGCUUCGAUAUUGCUUCCUUCUGGAACCAGGUGUUUGUUUGGACAGUGGCCACCGUCGCCUUCAUCAACAUCUUAAAGUUUCUUCGCCUCCUUCGCUUCAACCCGCUCAUGUCCGUCUUGAUGACGUCAUUACGGCACAUGUUACCAGAGGUCGCGGGCUUUGCCGUCUACUUCACCUUCCUGUUUCUGUCAUUCGUGCAGCUGGGACACUUGGUGUUCGGACUGAAAAUACAGGAAUACUCCACGAUUGUCGCCUCAGGAAAGAGUCUCUUCCUCUGUUCACUGGGGAGUUUCAAUUUUGAUGAAAUUCUAAGCACCAGUAGAAUCAUCGGGCCCUUGUUCCUGUACGCCUAUCUGUGCAUCGUCUUCAUCAUCAUCACCAACAUCCUGGUGGCCAUCAUCAAUGAUGCACUUGUGGUCAUGAGAGGGUUCACGCCGCCUCCGGAACAUAGGGAGAUUCUGGACGAGUUGUGGAGGAGGCUUGCCAACUUCCUUGGUCUGGCUAACACUGCAAGUCAGGAGGAUGACAUGCUGGCAUCGGAGAAAUUGAAUGAUCGUUUGACUCGACUGGACCUUCUUACACGGGCCAUGAAGGAGAGACAAGUCGCAGAGAAUGUGAUGCGAAGCUACUAUCAGGCUUUUGAAUUACCUAGAAAAUGACGUUGUCAUUGGUCAAAUGAUGCCAUGUUAAUUUAGAAAUCAUGCGAUCUCCAAGAAUGGUGUAGUAGGCUGAGGUCAUUUUAUGAACCAUUCUAAAUAUAAA